AAACACUUUUUAUCUCUCUCCUAACCGAACCCCCUCCCCGGAUAGUAACUCUCGAACACCUAUAUAGACCGAUUGUUGUUGAUUUGAUGUUAACUCAGACAAACAAACUCAACCCACUCAGCUGACUCCUCGAGCUUCAUCAAUGGCGACCCGAGUUUUCCACGCUUCACUCUUCUUCACCUUCUCUCUCCUCCUCCUCGUUGCGUCAUCUGCCGUCGCUUCCUCUGACGCUCCCUUUGUCGUCUCACACAAGAAAGCCACUCUCAAGCGCCUCAAAUCUGGUGCCGAACGCGUUCUCGUUUCCAUCGACAUUUACAACGAAGGAUCUGCGACGGCAUAUGAUGUUAGCCUGACUGAUGAUAGCUGGCCUGAAGAUGCUUUUAUUGUCGUGGAUGGCAAAACUUCAAAUACAUGGGAGAAGCUUGAUGUUGGUGCUCUUGUUUCGCACUCUUUUGAGUUGGAAGCCAAAGUGAAAGGAAAGUUCCACGGUGCACCAGCUGUCAUCAAGUACCGUGUGCCAACUAAAGCUGCUCUCCAGGAAGCAUAUUCCACGCCAAUAUUUCCUUUGGACGUCCUUGAAGACAAACUCCCAGAGGCUAAGUUUGAUUGGGUGAGUGUCUCUGCAUACACUUACUCUUUUCCCCCAUUAUCUUUUAUCUAUUACAUUCACUGAUUAAUCUUCGUUUCAUUUGUGGAAUGAAAAUUGAUGGGACUGUGCAUCUUUCAGGCUAAGAGAUUGCUGGCUAAAUAUGGUCCUCUAGUCUCAGUUAUUUCCAUAGUCUCUCUUUUCGUGUACCUUAUUUCAAGCCCUUCAAGUGCUGCCAAAGCAAACAAGAAGAAACGUUAGUUUUGACUCGACAUAGCAAGCAGAAUGGCUACAUUUGCAGCUUACAUUUUGUAGUUCCUUGAGUUUAGUAUUAAAGAAUUUCACCAUUGAGAAUCCAUGACCAAGUAAAAAAAUUUGUAAUUGAUACGUCAAAGGUAGGCAGAUAGCUUGGUGGAUUUACUCUUCUGUAGUGUUACUUUUUGGUUUUUACGGCAGAAAUGGUAAGGCACUUUGAGUAUGAUGCUGUUUGAGACUACAACACAUAGCAAAUCACGUAUGGCAGAAAGGUCCCUGGUGUAGAAGUUGGAUUUCCGUUCAUUGUCUGGUCAUGAAUGCCAAUUUUGAAUGUUACAUAGUAGUCCAUUCAGCAUUUUAUCACUUUUGCUCAAACUUUGGGAAAGACUAUAGGGAAACUUAUCUUAAAGGCCUUGUUCUAAGCACCGCACUUUUAGUCUUUUACUAUGAAAUUUUUUUCACUGUUUA